AUGAAAAGUGCUAUUACACUUGUAAGAAUCAUCACUAUUGAUAUAGCUAAAUAAAUGGAAUUACUCAAAAAGGUAGAUGCAUAACUUUACGGAAAUUUAAGAUGGCAUAGUGUUUGCUUAAUUAUUGGAAGAUUAGUAAAUAUAUUGUUCAAAAUUUCUAGUCUAGGUAUGGAUGUUAGAAGAGCACUAUGGAACCAAAUUAUUAGUAAUAUACAACUAACAAGGAAAAAAUAUAAAUUAGAUGUUAUAGACUUUGAUGAUGACAUAGCACUUUCUGAUAGCAAUUUAGAAUUAGCAAAAUUUAUAUAGUACUUUAUAAAUACGCUGUUACGAGUGAAUUCGCAAUAUUUAAUAGAGAUGAUGUAAUAAUUAUUGCCACAAUAAUAAUAAGAGAUUAUGGGAUUUUUGUAAAACCCAAUUGAUGACAUUGGAAGUUUUCAAGAUUAUGGAUAAUUUGAGCAUUAGACAACUAACACAAUUAUUACUUUAGAAGAAAGUCUGAAUGCAAAGGAUAGUAUCAUAGCACAACAAAAUAAAUAAAUAGAACAAUUGAAAAUUGAAUAUCAAAAUAAGGUUGAAGAUUAACAAACGAAAAUUACUGAAUUGCGGGAAAGAAUAGGAUAAUUAUAUGAUUCAGAAGGAUUCUUUUUAUCAAAACUAAAUUGUGGUGAUUUUGAGGAGGUACACAAUAAAUUUCAGGAAUAUAUCAAAGAAAUUGAAAAUAAUAAGCAAAUAAUAGAAGAUAUGAAUUAUCUUGUGUAAAACCAGUAAAAGGAAAUCGCUAAGGUGCAAUAAAAGAACUAAUCCCUUAAAUCAUAGUUACUAUCAUGUCCACCAACUGCAAGAUCAAUCGAGCCAGAAUAACAAUAGAUUAUAAUAAAAGAUCCAUAGGAAUUGAAAACGAUAGAGAGUUUGAAAGCUCAAAUUCAAGGAAUCAAGGAAGAGAAUUAAAGAAUAUUAGGAAUGAAACAAGCAUAAUAUGAAUCCUAAUUAACCGCAUUAAGGAGGAGCCUUUAUGAAGCAGAACAAUAGGCAACAUCUUUUAAGAAGAAGAUGGAGAAGUUCAAAUUAGAACUCGAAGAAUAUUAAAGCAUGAAUUAAUAUGAUAAGAAAUUACCCUUUGAGAGUUUACGACAUCAAGGAGUUGAGUAACGAUUUGGAUAAUCGCCUAAAUCAACAUGUCUUGACUUUUUCUAGUCUCAAAAUAAAUCUGAAUUCGAUCACGCUAUGUCUCAGAAUAAUCAAUCAAUAAAAUAUAUGGAUGAGACCAACAUCACAAAAUUACAGUUGUAAUUAAAAGAGAAAUCCAACAAGGUGACAUAAUUGGAGAGAUAGUUGAAUGUGGUUCAGUAAGGUUCUCAUUCCAGGAGGAAUUCAAUGACAAAAUAAUAUUAAAUUUAACAGGAAAGGACUUUUGAGUAACCUACUAUUUUAGAUACAUUAAGAUAGUAUGUUGAGUUGUCGUAAUAAAAGGAUAAGGAGAUCAACGAAUUAAGACAGUAAUAGAAUUAAAAUUUUAUAGAUUUGUGCAAAUAAAUAGUAAAGUAAAAUGAAUAGAUACAGAAAUUAAAUGCUGUAAUAGUGAAUAAUAAAACUCCUGAUUAAAUGCAAGAGAUUACAGAAAAACAUUAAAAUGAUUUACAAGCUUUGAAUCAAUAUUAUGUUGAAGUUUUAAAUAAUAAGGAUGAGUUGCUUCAUUUAAUAAUUUCUCUAUUCUAUGAUGUCGCCAAAUGA